AUGACGCCCGAGGCGGUUUUGUUGGGCGUGGCGCUGCUCAUCAUGGCGGUGGCGGCUUUCAUUUACGUCAUCAUCAUGGGGCCCUCGCGCUACCACCGUGACGGCGCGGUUGGGCGCAUUUACCUGCGCCUGAUAGACUGUCCUGCGGUCUGCUGCGGCUGUUUCUGCGGCGUCUUCUUCGGCUGCAGCUACACGCGCGGGCGGCAGAAAUGGACGCGCUGCGCCGACCACACGCUGCGGGAGCGGAACUGGUUCAUGGUGGCCUUCUACAUUCUUCUAGUGUGGUCGGUGGAGCUGCUCUACCUCUUCGUGGCCCUUCCAGAGCUGCAGGCGUCGGUGUGGUCGAAGAUUGUCUCCUGCGGCCUUGUGAUGCUCUCCGAGGGCACGUACGGCCUGGCGGUCUUCAGCGACCCCGGCAUCGUCACUUCGCGCGAGGAGGCGGAGGCGCAGCGCAGCGCCUUUGCGGCUCCGGCGCGGCCCACAGCGCACAGGCGGCAGCUGCAGGGCCGGGAGUCCAGCACGCGGCGUGACGCGGGCGAAAAUAGUGCGGCUCCCGCGGCGAGCCGGCCGGGGUCGCGGCGGCGGGGAAGCAGGGGGCGGGAGUUCCUGCUCUCCCCCGAGGCCGAGGCUCGGCAGAACAGGAAGUACGUCUUGGACGGUAUUCUCUACCCCAUGGACGGUAGAAGCGUGGCGAGGAGCACCGCCGGGGGACUCCCAUCCGCGCCGGCAGCGGAGGCGGAGGCGGAAGCAGCAGCCACGGGUUUGGAGUGCACCACGUGUCACGUGCCCCGCCCUAGUCGCAGUAAACACUGCCGGCUGUGCGACUUCUGCGUGCGCCGCUACGACCACCAUUGCCCGUGGAUCAACAACGACGUCGCCGAGGGCACGCAUCGCUGGUUUCUCCUCUUCAUUGUGUGUCAUGCGGUUUCCUGCUUUUGGGCAGCGUGGGACCUGUACACCAUCAUGAAGACGUUUUUGAUCCGAAACCACGCGUGGGGGUGGUCGAUACGCCUCCACGACGGCCGCCGCUACCCGCUGCGGCUGGAGCACUACCUGGUCAUCCUCGCGACGCACCAAACCAUCGCCGUCUGCCUCUUUAUGUUUGCCGUGCUGAUUGGGCUGCUGCUGUGGGUGUUUUGGCUCUACCAGAUGUCCUUUGUCUUCACCAACCUGACGCUGAACGACAUGGGGAAGAUCGACGACACCGUCGAGUUUGUCGCCUCGCUCCCCUCGCUGGACGCGGUGUACCGUGAGGCGCUAGGCGUGCGGCGGCGCCUGGAGGUCGUGGCGGCGCGGCCUCCCCGCAAGCUGCGGCAACUUGCGGCCCCCCCGCCGGAGGUUGUGCCGGGCAGCCGCGGCGACAAGUCCUACAGGAAGCGGGUGCAGAAGAUGCUGUACGGCGACCUCAAGGGCAUCUUCGACCGUGGGCUGUGGGGCAACGUGAUGGAGGUGCUCUUCCCCUACAGCCCCGCGCGCGGGGCGGCGGCGGCGCGGCCAAGCGACGACGCCCCUUUUGCUGAGCGCUGCGGCAGCGACACGAGGAAGCGGGAGCCGAAACACGAAAAAAAAGAAACAGCAACGCGACGUUGCGGGCGCGGCGCCACUGCUAGCAGGAAGUAA